AUGACCCCAAAGAAGCGAAAGUCACCGGGAUCAUGUAGUGGGCUUGAAAAGGCACAGGAACCGCUUGACGGCUGGUUUUACUCCGGAGCGGGCGUCGAGUCGCUCCUCGUCACAUAUGCUGCCAGUCUGGGAACUCGAAUCCUCCCUUCCGUGCCGCUGUGGACGCUACUGACGACUUUGAAUCUCGUUUACGCUGUCGCCUCUACGUCGCGACUGCUCAAUGGUCUCUUCGCGUCAACAUGUUGGCCAGUCAUUUUCAUCACUUGCCUGUUUCAAUUCCAAUCCGCCUCAGAACUAGCACAGCGUAACCUUCGUCGAGUCCUUCGAGAUAUAUCCUUUACCCGAUACACAAUCGCGCUGUUCAACUUACCGGCCCUAGAUAUUGACAUGGAGGUUUCUGGGCAGAUGGUCAUCCGCCUUGUGACGGUUUGUCUUUCAAGUCUAACAUUGAUUGCUCAUGGAGUCGAAGUGGGGAUCAAGGUGACCGACGACAUCGAGCUUGCGGUUUAUACUGAGCAAGUGUGUGCUUCUCUCUUCAGGAAAAUCGAGAUCAGCGAUAUCUUUGGAAAUGUGAAAGGAGGUUCUACAGAAAUGACAUUUGCUGACGUCAAAGACUCUGACAACGAAGCAGACGAGGAGUCUUUAUUUAAUGAAACUCCUCUCUUGCGUGCUGCAGCUGCAGGAUCCGAAGGUUUGAAAAUUCGGCCAAAGUCGCGAGAGUCAUUGGCAGGCAGAUCGUACAUCAAAGGUUUUUCAGUGCAAGCAGGGUUCGAUGACAUCAGAGCUCUCUCGCCUAAUGAUCAGAAUGAGAAGCAAAAGUACUUGAAGAUGCUAAACGAUAUCCGAACCACUUGUGCAGUCUAUCAAUGUCCAGCCCUCGUUCGUGAAGCAGCUAAAGAACAAGGACGAACCUUGAGGAUGAAAAAGAUGUGA